GCAACACAUCCAUGUGAAGACAAGUGUCCAAAACAAUUCUCUCAUGUAGAAAGUCACAUUGUUAACUCUCUGACAGUGUUAACGUUCAGGCUAUACUCUCUUUCUCUCACUCUACAUUUACCCAUUUCAGUUCCACACACAGACAGACAGACAGACAGACACACACACUUUUAUGACCAAUAUCACAUAAAAUGUGUCAUAUUUAAAUAAAUAUACAUUAUUUAGCUCCAUUAUAUAGCUCCAUUAAGCGUUUCCCCUAUAAUUAAAAUUUAAUUAUAGGGGAAACUCGGAAAGUAUUUGCAAAUGCAGAUCUGGUGACUGGAUGAUAGUAAUAAUAACAAUAAUAACACACGAUUCUGGCUUCAGAAUAAGAUGUUUCUGAGCAGUCAUUUGCAGGUGGGGUAUAAUUACAUAAGUCUGCGUACAGGGCUGCGGUGUCGGAGGCGGACAGUUGGCCUCGGAGAGGAGUCGUCGCUCCGUCAACUGUUGGCCCCUCGGGACUAAUCUGGAUUAGAGUUUUCGUCCAGUCUGCAGCCAGGACUCCGAAUAAUCACAUUAUUCAGCAUUGGGCUGACGUCUCCUGAAGCGGAAGGAAGGGGAGCAAGGAAGGGAAGGGAAGAGGGGGGCGAUGUGAGACGGUGCCAAGGUCUCUGACGCGUUUUCCCUCAAACACCAACUGUUCAUUUGAUCGCAGACGUUUUGUCUUCUGAGUCUGGCCGCUUCGCGACGGCGGCUGCGGCCCAGGAGCUGAGUAAAGUUGGAGGGAUAUCUGUCGCCUCUUCGGCCGGUGCAUGGUGCGCAUCCCCGUGUGCGGCGCUCUGCAGCAUCCACGCCGAUCACCGCAGCCUGCUGCUGCGCUCCGCGGCCCGUUUCCACGCGCGCCGAUGCCCUAUUUUCUGUGCGGACCUCUCCCAGUCUCUGGCAGUGAUCUUUCAGUAGCAGCUAUGGCCGAUUCGCGUGAGUGCGUUUGUUUUACUCACUGAGCAUCCAGCAUGAUCAGCUCCCCAAGGAGGAUCUUACAAAUCUACAUGCAGUUACAGACUCCCAGUGUUAGGACCAUGCUCCAUGUGUUGGAAACCUUUUGGUUGACUACAUUCUCACCAUAGCUCGUGGUUGAUGGCCAUCAUGGAAGAGAGCAAGCUCAUCUUCAGCCUGGACCGCCACGAUGAGGGUCCCACCGUGGCCUUCUCCAAAAACAAACCACAAGCCAGAGAGAGCCUGCCUGACCUCAGACUGGGGAUUGAUUUGGACCUGAGCCAAGGCCAUCGCUCCCAGCCCCCCUUCCUGCAUCACUCCCCCUCCUCCCCAGGCUCUCUAGCUGAUCUGUCAGCAUCAUCAGCGGGCCUGCUUGUUACCACCAACUUGGUCAAAUCUUCCUCCACGGACCUAGAGCCGAGGGAGAGCGGCUCUCUAAGAGGCAAACCUCUCCUCAGCCUGGUCAAAUCCCUGAGCACAGAGAUCUCCCGUCGGGUCGAGCCUGAGGUCAACCUCUCCAAGUCGGACUCCAAGCUGCAUUUGCAUCCCUGGAAGCAGCUUACCCAGGCAAAGAUCCCAGAGGUGAGGCCUGAAGCGGGAGUGCUGAAUGAAAACGCUGCCUGGGCGUCACCUACUUCCACAGGCAGCAUGUCGCCCACCGAACCCCGGGGUAGCUCGCUGAUCGCUGAGCUAGAGGACACACGGAGGAAGUUCUCGGAGGCCAUGCAGGAUCCCCUCAGCAUGCUGAGUAAGAUCAUGGGGGAUGAAAGCUCUGGCAGCCCUAAGCAGGGGAGGAUAUCUAAUGCCGGAGACUCACCAGCCUCCCAAGGAAGCUGUGGACGAGAGGGGAGCAGUGAAGAUGCAGACUUUAAGUGCCGGAGGAGGACUGAUGGUGAGCAUAGAGGGGUGUGUGACACUCCUCUGAGAAGACUCCAAAAGGGUUCACCAAUAAAAUCCCCGGCCUCCCCAGAACACCACAGCCAAAGCAGAGACAGCCAUUUUGAAAUUCACACUCAUGGAGAUAUGAUUCAAGUGGUGGAGCUCCAGAAUAAAUCCAGAGGGACACAUCACACAGCAUGCAUCCCGACUCAAGGCUCCAUCUCAGGUUCAUCGCUGCCUAUUUACUGGCUCCUCCCUGUGGGUCUUCUAGCUUAUGGGUUCUUUGUGCUGCCUCUCCCCUCUUAUCUGACAGGUCUGUCUCUGGGGGUUGCAUGUGGCUUUAUGCUGGGCCUGGUGGUGGUGUUCAUGUUUGCCCCACGCCACUCAAAUGCAAGAGGCAAAAAGAGCUCUCGCUUCAAGUCCAACAUGGAUCCGCUGGAUGGAAAGCUCACAGAUACAGAAAUCCUGGAGGGCUGGAUGAACGAGACGCACAGCUACGACCCUGAGACUUUCCACCCAUCCAUCACAAACCCUGUCCAGGUCACACUGGAGGGCAGCCAGCUCCGCCUGGCACACCAGCGCGCCAACGUCCCUCGGCGGGCGACGUUCGACGAGACACCCUGCGAGGCCGCAUUUUCGCGUUCACGCACUUGUCAGCUGGCUAACAGUAAGGUGUCUUUGCUGCCUCCCGGUUUAGCUCGCAAGAGGGUGUGGAACAAAAAGUAUCCCAUCUGCAUCACUCUGGCUGAGGGCGAGGUAGUGGAGGAGAGUCUGGUGGAGGGGCAGCAGGAGGAAGAAAAGGCAGAAAGACACACCACACUGGACCACCAGCUUCCUGGCACCCUCUACCUGUUUGGCCGCACAGGAAGAGAGAAGGAAGAGUGGUUCCAGCAUUUCCUGUCAGCCUCGAGGGCUGGAGCCCAGAGCAGUGUAAGCAGUGAGGAGAACGCAGAAACGCUCUCUGGUGGAGAUGCCGCUAAAGACAGCGCAGAGGAGAUGCAGGAUUUGCCGGGAGCCAUGAAAACAAGAACUUUAUUGGACUUCAGCGCCUAUAUGAUUCAGCUGAUUGGCUCAGAGAGUUGUAAUCCCACCCCCAGCCCCUGCCACAGUGACCAGGGAAGCCCCACCACCAACAAGAAGAUUCACAACGAAGAGCACGGCUCUGAAGGUGAAGCAGGAGUGGAGUCUGGUGCUGGUCCAGUUGGAGGAGGAUGCUCCACAGAGGGCCAGCCCACCUGGGUGAACUCCCUGGUGGGAAGGAUCUUCUGGGACUUUCUGCGGGAGAAGUACUGGACCGAUCAGGUGGCCCACAAGAUCCAGAAGAAACUCAGCAAGAUCAAGUUGCCAUACUUCAUGAAUGAGCUGACACUGGCUGAUCUGGACAUGGGUACCUGCCUACCUCAAGUCCUGAACACCUCCAAACCUAAACUGGACCACAGAGGCCUGUGGUUGGAAAUGGAGUUGAUGUACACAGGCUGCCUUCAGAUGACCCUGGAGACUAAGAUGAACCUGUGUAAGCUGGGUAAAGAGGGAGAGGAUGAGGCUCAAGUCGUUCCAGAGACCCAACAUGUGGGCUCUAAGCCCAGGCUGUGCAUACUGGCUGAUAGUGAUGAAGAGUCAUCAAGCGCAGACUCAUCUGAUGAGGAGGAGGUCCCUCCGUUUGAGCCCCAGGGAUCUGUGGGAGAUAAGGGCACAAUGGUAGCAGCUGAUGGGCACACUGGUGGCAGCACAAGUAGGAAAAUCCUGAGAUUUGUGGACAAGAUAGCAAAGUCCAAAUAUUUCCAGAAGGCCACAGAGAACGAGUACAUCAGAAAGAAGAUCGCUGAAGUGUCCAACAUGCCUCUGAUGCUCAGUGUCGAGGUCCUGGAGCUGUCCGGUACUCUGGCCAUCAACAUCCCGCCUCCUCCUACUGACAGGAUAUGGUACAGUUUCCAGGGGCCUCCUAGGUUAGACCUCCACGUCCGUCCCAUGCUCGGGGAGAGGGAGGUCACCUUCACCCAUGUCACUGAGUGGAUUGAGAAGAAACUGCAGUGUGAGUUCCAGAAAGUGCUUGUCAUGCCCAAUAUGGAUGAUCUAUACCUGCCCCUGAUGACAUCUGGCCUGGAAAACUCACCUGCAUCCCACCACUCUUCAGUUCAGUCCACAUCCCAACAGUCCUCCAUGGAGUCCCAGGAGUCCAUGUCAGAGUAGUGCCCACACCCUCAAGCCGCAGAUGCAUUCCUGAUGCAAAAUAGCUGUGCAGCUAUUGUCAUGAAUAUCUAAUGGAUUCUGGGGCUGCUGCAGCUGGGUACUGGCUUGGUCUUCAUCCUGAUUGUGUCUGUAGUAACCAGACAGAUGCCCACUGAAGGAACAGUGAAUAUGCUAUAGACCUCAAGACUGUGACAAUGGUGCUACACUGCCUCCUACUGUGAAGAUUAUGGAACAAAACCCCACACCCUGAACAAGAAAGAGAGAGAGAGCACAUCAUAAACUGGGUUUCCAAAGGGGAAUUUUAUCUAAUGCUGAUGUAAGGUAGAUUCAAAACUGUUCAAAAAAUGGAUUGUUGAUGGCCACUGUUUUAAAAACUGAACAAACUAUCCAUCCAUCAAUUUUCUAAUCCACCGAUCCUGUUACUGGACUGUAAGACUGAACAAACAAAAUCUUAGACAAAACAUGGGGAUCAGAACGUGAUAGGUAUUUGGUUCUGUUCAACCAAGAUGACAUGGUGCAUGUUAUUUCUAAUCAGUGUUACUGUUAUAUGCUCAUUGAUUUGCCAGUUAAAAAUAAACCAGUUCAAAACACA